AAGAGUGAGACGAAUUGCAGAAAGCUGUUGACUCACCUCACUGAGUGAAGAUGCUGAGGAUCACUCUGUUGUUGUUAAUGGGUGUGUGUGUGUGGGGCUUUGCUUCCUGCUCCAUCACAUGUCCUGACGGGAAUACCUGCUCUGAUUUAGCCACCUGCUGUAAAACUAAGCAUGGGUAUAGCUGCUGUCCAUAUCCAAGAGCCGUGUGCUGCGCUGACUUGGCCCACUGCUGCCCUUCAGGGUUUCGUUGCAACCUGGUGACCCAGAUGUGUGAGAAAGAAGACCUGCCGUGGGUGAAAAUACCCAUGGUGAGGAAGGAGGCAGCAGAGGAACCAAGCCCAGCUGUUCUGCCUCUAGUGUCUCUUCAGGAGUUCAAAGACAAUCAAGUCCCUGAUGAAGAAAAGAGUUCAGUUGUUUACUGUGAUGCCUAUCACUAUUGUCCCGAUUUCACUACUUGCUGCAGACACCCAGGAGGCGUCUGGUUCUGUUGCCCAUACAUUCGUGGCCGGUGCUGCUUGGACGGCUACCACUGUUGUCCAUAUGGCUACGACUGUGAUCUCACUUACACACACUGCCUGAGGCAAAACCUGUGGUAUCCUUUCAGCCCCAAACAACCUCUGUCAUCAGUCCCGGCCUCUGUCAUUUCACCUCCAGAGGACACAGCCAGUGUUCAGGAGAAACCCAUGACAGCUCUAACAGAUGCCAGUCACGAUGCCUAUGAGACUGGAGUCAUUCGCUGUGAUUCCAGGUUUUUCUGUUCAAAAGGGAUGAGUUGCUGCAAGGGAACCGCAGGCCAGUGGAACUGCUGUCCCUACCCACUGGGCCAGUGUUGUGCAGAUGGGCAGCACUGCUGUGAGUAUGGAUAUACCUGCGACCCCUCCUCCAUGUCGUGCAGAGGACCCUACUCUCGGGUCCCCUCAGGAGCACAGGAACCCGCCAAAAUGGACUGAGGACAUGCUGUUGAAGUACACUGUGACAGUUUUGUCAUUGCUUUCCAGAUAAACUCUUAGCAAUGCUUUGUAGCCUGUAAGAUUUUGAAUCAGUCUCAAUGAACAGUUUAAUGAAUUAAUAAUCUGAUCAUAUGAUGAAUGGUGCAGUAUGUUUGUUUCGUACAAAUAAUGAAAUGUCACUGUUCAUUUUCAGUCUUAUCACAAUAUUUUUAGAACUGAUUUCCCACAACAACAUCCACAUUGUUAGAUUAAAUCCAGCAAUGCAGUGGUGUAGUAAAUGUGAAGAUGAUUCAUCUGAGGAUUUUUAAAAAAUUGAUACAGCCAGCCAAUGGUGAAUUUAAUGCCAAGCCUGAAUCAUUUCACAAUCAACAAAAAACAUCCUUAAUAAAAAAAAUAUGUGAAUCA